AUGCUUGACGAUCAUCAGUCGGAAGGAAUCUCUUUAGAUGCAUUUUCAAGGAAGUGUGAAAGACAAAUGAUAGUUGACUCCUUCGCUGUAGUUGUCCUACACACAGUUCAUGUCACAACUCUUUCAGGAAAACUCUUCUGGGCUCUGAUCCCAAUUGGUUAACAGAGAGUUGGCCCCAGCGCUGUUACUCCACGCCACUAUUCUCCAGCUCUGAGUCUUCCCAGGAGAUUGUUCAGAAGGAGAGAACCACCAAAAACAUUUCCACCAUACCCUUCACCACCAAAUCGAUUUACAACUGGACCUUCGUGGCUAAUUGACUCAGACGAUGUUCCGGAUAAAGAAGAGGAUGGUGAAGAAUAUGAGAAACCUGCGAAAGAAUUCGAGAUAUUUGAGGAAGAUGGCAAAGAUUAG